GGACCGUUGGCUGUGCGCCUCUGGUGGUACGCAUUUAGCUGUGGGAUGUCCGCCAAGUGUCGGUCGUAAGAAGGGACGGACCGACCGAGUGAGUUGAUGAUUCGUUAGUACGAGCAAGGCACGCCGGUUACUGCCUCUCUUCCUCUUUGUUCUCGCCCAACAAAACAGUGCGCGCAAACACGUGAUAAGAUCGAUAUAGUGAAAACACCGCGUGUCAACGAGAAACAUGUCGACGAAGUCGAGCAAGAAGACCGCGGCCGCCACCGCCGCUGCCGCCGCUGCCGCCGCCGCCGCCGCCGCGGCGGCCGCUUCCUCGUCGUCCACCAGCAGCAUGCAAUCGCCGCCAGCGAGCACGUCGACGCCGAUCGGCGGCCGGCGACCAGGCAGCCCGCUCAGUCCUACUCGCUAUUCUCGGCUACAGGAGAAGCAGGAUCUGCAGAAUCUCAACGAUCGUCUGGCGUGUUACAUCGAGAAGGUGCGUCACUUGGAGACGGAGAAUUCCCGACUCACGCGGGAGGUGCAGACCACCCAGGAGACGGUCACUCGGGAGGUGUCCAACAUCAAGUCGAUGUACGAGCACGAGCUCUCCGACGCGAGAAAGCUGCUCGACGAAACGGCUAGGGAACGCGCCAAACUCGAGAUCGAUACCAAACGCCUGUGGGACGAUAACGAGGAUCUCAAGAGCAAAUUGGAGAAGAAGACGAAAGAGUUGCUGAUUGCAGAGCGAAAUGCAAUGAUAUACGAAACCCGCUGUAACGAUUUGCAAUCGCAGUUCAACCAGUCGCAGGCGGAACGCAAGAAGCUCAUUGAAAAAGAUCGAGAAUCGGAAAAGGAAAUAGAUCGACUGAAGGGAUUAUUGGACGACGCUCGCAAGCACCUCGAGGAGGAAACGCUGCAACGAAUUGAUCUCGAAAAUAAUAUUCAGAGCCUCAAGGAGGACAUCAGUUUCAAAGAUCAAGUUUAUCAGCAAGAGCUUUCGGAGACUCGUACGAGACGACAAGUCGAAAUAUCCGAGAUCGAUGGUCGUCUUGCUGAACAGUAUGAAGCUAAGCUGCAGCAGUCUCUGCAAGAACUGCGCGAUCAGUACGAGGGGCAGAUGCGCGCUAAUCGGGACGAGAUCGAGCUCCUGUACGAAAACAAGAUCAAAAACUUGGCGUCUCAGGCGCAACGUAACAGCGGAGCCGCCACUAUGGCGGUCGAAGAAUUGAGGCAGACUCGCAGCAAGAUUGAAAGUCUCAAUACAAAGAUCAAUGAGCUUGAAGCCACCAUCAACGCCCUCAAUGCGCGCAACAGGGAUCUGGAGAAUUUGCGAGAAAACGAACGCGCUCGUUACACGGAGCAGAUGGCCAUGUUGGAGUCAGAGGUGGCACGUAUGCGAGAGGAAAUGGCUCAGCAGUUGCAAGAAUAUCAGGAUCUCAUGGACAUUAAAGUGGCGCUCGACUUGGAAAUUGCUGCGUACCGCAAGUUGCUCGAGUCUGAAGAGGCGAGAUUAAACAUCACGCCUAUACAGUCGACCAACACAUCCAUGUCCACUGGUAGAACGACUCCGUCCCGACACACUCCUCUCAGAGGUGGUAAGCGAAAACGCACUUUGUUGGAAGAAAGCGAGGAGCGCAGCAGCAGCGAUUACAGCGUUACCGGCACCGCUAGAGGUGAUGUAGAGAUCGCAGAAACUGAUCCCCAAGGACGAUUCGUGAAACUCACCAACAAAGGAAGCAAGGAAAUAGGCUUGAGCGGAUGGCAAAUUAUUCGUAAGGCUGGUGCUCUGGAGACAGUUUUCAAGUUUCAUCGUACUGCGAAGCUCGACGCAAAUGCCACUGUGACGGUAUGGUCGGCCGACAUUGGUGCGUCACACGAGCCACCGUCGAACGUUGUCAUGAAGGGACAGAAGUGGUUUGUAGCGGACAAUAUGACUACAAUUCUGCUGAAUAACGAAGGAGAGGAAAUGGCAACUUCUGAACGCAAGAGACAGCAAUUAUCCACAAGUUUGUCUCGGUACAAGGAAAGCCUGGGAUUCCGACCAACGGAGGAACUUCAUCACCAGCAGAGAAGAUAUCUCUACCCGUAUUAAGGGUGAGGGCACACGACUCUGAUGGGCACUUUAUGGCGACCCUCAAAGUGAAGAACGUUGCCGCCUUAUGUAAACACAAAUUUAUCGUAAGCUUAAGUGUAAUAUCAAAGAAAAGGAAAAAAAAGAAUUCUAAAAGUUAUCUAUACAAUAAUGGAGCUUCAUUCCGCGUCAGCGCCAUUUUAAAAUAACUGAUGAAACGAAAAGAGAUUACGCCAUUAACACACAGAGAAAUUAAUUUAGAGUAUAACAUCAGAGACACAUAAGAGAUAUGAAAAUCGGAUAUCUCAGUUUGCGAGUUGAGAACGAAGAGAAGCGAUGAAAAAAAGAUAUGAAAUGAAGUUGAGACAUUGUACGGCUUCCUCUCUUACAUUUAUUACAAUGGAGUAUAUAGAUAUAUAUAAGUAUGUACAACGUAUGAGAAGAUAUUGUAUAAUAUAUUUGAGCUGACGAGAGUUCAAAUCAAACUUAACAAAUGGGGUUCCGUGAAUAAAUACGUUGCAUUUACGAAAUUAUUUCUUACGCAAAAACUGUACUAUUGUAUUCCGUUAAACCCACAGGCGUACAACGAUCACCGGCUACGGACGAAUGCGCUCUGUGAGCAUUGUGUCCCCUUUUUUUCCGAAAUGCAUCGCGCUGCGUGCCGAGUCCAUGCGAGACAUUUCGCGCAUCCGUCUCCUGCCCCCCUCCAAAUUGUAAUACUGGACUAGUAACGUGUUUAACGUGCGUUGUAAUAAUUUACGAUUUCUUAAUUUAUGAUAACUAGUUACGUUUAUUAUAUUCGUUUAUUUUGUCCAACAGGAAACAGUCAAAUGUGAUUAAGUUAUCAGUAUUUAUCUUCUGCUCUUUUUCCUUUCUUUUUUUUUUCUUUCCUUCCCUCUCUCCCUCCUCUUUUUAUCUUUUUCUUUUUUUCCUUUUUUAAGUACAACGGUGUGAGACUGUGGGAGAACUAAAUACGAUAGACGCGUGGGUCAUCAACAACAACAACGUCAGUCGAAUGGGCAGUUUCGCGAUACGGUCCAGAGAAAAUGCUCGAUUGGCUA